UAUUCAAUCAGUGGGUUCUAUAAAAUUGUACUUUUCCCAAUUUAAAUGGUUCUGGAUUCUGUUCUUGAUUCCAUUUUAAUUCAAUGUAUUUAAUUUUACUUUGCUAGGAGGUUGCUGUACAGUGGGUUGCUAAGAUGUUCUAGUGAAAAAAUAUAUAUAGGUAAAUAUUCCUGCUUAUUAUCAUUGGUGCAUACAAAGGAAAAUGAUUAAAUAUUAAAAACAUGGCAAACAGUUUUUUUUAACUAAAUUGUUACUUAAAAUAUUAACAUUUAGAAUUUAAUUGGCUUCAAACUCAUACAUAUAUGCUGAGAUAUAUAUGGAAUAUCAUUGAAUCAAUAGUGAAAUAAGAUUUUUUUAAAGCUAUAAAGAUCUGUUUUUAUGAGACCUUUGCUAAACUCUGAUGACAUUAAUAUGAGGCGUCGUCAGUAUUUGAUGGGUUUGAUUCAGUAUGUCAUUGUCGUUCAUUGCGGUUUGAUUCCUCGUGAUCCAGUUUUCCUCUCCGAGCGCCGUAUCGCUGUCUGCUCGCCCUUCAUCGGGCUGGUAAUCCCCUGGACCGCGGCCCAAGCCACACUUCCUUCUCAGCUCUUCUCCUUCCUCUUAUUGGCUCUUCAGCAGCCUAUCAGCCUGCAGCGAGGCUCAGAUGCAGAGAAGGUGUUGUAGAGCAUUAAGCUCCCAACCGCCACGACCACAGAGGAAGCGUGAAACAGGAAGUCAUCUGCGUGGCUUGGCAGCGGUUCCUCGUGGCAUGACGACCACUAACAAAGGAAACAAGGCCUUGAAGGUGAAGAGGGAGCCCGGUGAGAACGGGACGAGCCUGACGGACGAUGAGCUGGUGUCCAUGUCGGUCCGCGAGCUCAACCAGCACCUGCGCGGCCUGACCAAAGAAGAGAUCCUUCAGCUGAAGCAGCGCCGGCGGACACUGAAGAACCGGGGCUACGCCGCCAGCUGCCGCGUCAAGCGUGUCACUCAGAAGGAGGAGCUUGAGAAGCAGAAGGCGGAGCUUCAGCAGGAAGUGGAGAAGCUGGCUUCAGAGAACGCCAGCAUGAAAGUAGAGCUGGACGCGCUGCGCUCCAAAUACGAGGCUCUGCAGAGCUUCGCCAGAACUGUGGCCCGAGGGCCCGUGGCCCCGGUUUGUAACCCCCGCGGGCCCUUGUCCUCCGUCAUCGGGCCCCUCAUUCCCGGGAAGGUUGGAGCCACCAGUGUUAUCACGAUAGUCAAAUCGAAAACCGACGCGAGGUCUUAGUAGCGCAAAGAGAGCAAGGGUUGGUCAGUGCAUGAGGGUUUAGGUGCGGGACGCUCGUUUCACAGCAGACUGAUGGAAAACCUCUUCGGUACUCUCUAAUGUGGGCUUCUUCUGGGUUACGAAAGAAGGAAAGCACAUUUAGGACGGUCAAUCCACUUGGGCUUCCAAAAAGAUCUCCAAAUUGCGAAACUCGAAUCGAAAACCAUGCAGCCAAAUUUUCCUGGUGGAUGUGUGUUGUAUUGCUGUGAGAUUUGUAAUUUUGUAAAAUCAUCGGCGACUUUCUAUCGUGCGUUUCACAUGGGGUCCAAGUGUUUCCUUUGUCAUUGUAAUAUUGUACUUUUUAUACAGUGUUUGUGUUGAUUUCCUCUUCGUAUGUGCUGUUAUGCGCCAUUUUUCCGUCCUUUUGUUUUUUUACGGACUGCAGGCACAAAACACUUUAAACCGUUCGGACUUCCAAACUCUUCCGCCGUCUGAAGGAAAAGCUUUCUGAGGUAGGAGAGUAUCAACCAAUGAGAAGCUUCCUUUACCUGAGCCUCAUUAUGCACUGACCAAUCGCUGACGGGCAGGAGGAGAGGAGGCGGAGUCAAAUCAGCUGAUGUUGUUCAUAUGGUAGCUAUCAGAAUAUCUGUCACCAGUUUAUGUGCUCCAGUCGUCCCGUUCAGGACAGGAGAUCGUUUAUUGGCAACGCAGUAACAGGUUUAUGUUAUGUGAUGUAUUAUGUUGUUUAUUUCACGCUGAAGUUGAUCAUGUCUGUCGUUAUCUAUAAAUCCAGAGAGAUUUAACUUUUUGUGUUCUGUGCCAGACUAAAAACAAGAGAAAAACCCCAAGUUUCUGUCUUUGAGGGACGGACUGUUGGGUGACAUAAACUGGUGAAUCCCACAAGCUUUACCAUAACUUUGUUGCUGUGACAUUGCGUAACGUAUUCUAAGAAUCUUUGUCUAUAUGGUGGAGUCUUGAAUUUAUAUAUAUAUAUAUAAAGACAGAGUACCUUGCAUUAUUUAUAAAACAUUUAAAAAAGAAAUAUAAAGUUGUUUGAUAGCUCUCUUUUUUGCAAUUGUACCAAAAGUGGCUUAACUAUUGAAGUCAAUAGCUUUUUCUAGUGGCUAGGCGCGUCAAACUGUGGACUAGCGCGUGUGGUGUGAUUUGUACUGGUGAGGUGGCGAUGUGUUGUUUACGACGUGGAUGUGAUGCUCUUAUCUUCUGAUUUCAGUCGAAUGCGUGCAAUGAGCGCCGCUUACCCAGAAUCCCCUCUGAGCGUUUGUGUGCUCCAUGUUUAAGUGGACGGCACACGAACACGGGGAUCUCUGGGACGCGGCCACAUCGCCUGCGUUUGAGACCUUUUAUGUGACGUGUGUUUAUAUAUUUUUGGGUGUAAAACGUUUUUAUGAUAUAUUUGUUGGUGUUUUUUUCUUCUUUUUCUGGUUGUUUUCUUUAAAUGCCAGGGAAGUGACUCUGUCUGCACUGGUUUAAACCAGCGAUGUGCUUCACGCUGGGACGCUGCUCAAAAUAUUACUUUUCUCAACAUUUAAAACUAAAAAAGAGCUGUCUGAAAACAUUUCAGGAUGCUAUCUGCGCUAUUAUUUUUCUUCUUUUUUUUGGCCAAAUUGUUUGUCCAUUAAUAAAAAAAGUAAAGCUCAGAGCUGUUGUAAUGAUGCGCUCACAUCUCUGUAGAAUUACUGUAAUUAUUAGACCGUUACAGUUCGCAAAUUGCAAAUUGCAAUGCAUGAAGCUAAAGAAAUAUGUGGUGCCUCGCACAAUCAAUCAAUCAGUUAAAUUACAGGAACACAUGAACACGAGCAACAUUUCAGUCAACUGAUGUCCCUCAGGCUUACAAACCAUCAGUUAAAUUCAGUGCAAUCAGCUGCUAGUAACACAUCGCCAUGCCUCAGACUAAAUUAAAGACAUUUACAAAAAUCCACAUAAAAAAAUAAAUGUAACUAAGCUGAUUGUACUCAAUUCAAGUGACACCUUUGCAUGUUUUGUGAGCCUGGGAAAGGUUGAUUUGCCAAAAUGUUGCAAAAUUUCCAUGAUUAUGCAAACUUGAGUAGUGUGCAUGAUUUAUGCUUUUUAAUUUAUAAUGCAUUUAAUGCUAAAAUGAAUCUUUGUGUUGCUUUGUUAUUGUUGUGGUUGCAAAGUGGUGGAAUAUUUCCUGUACAUUUUUCGAAAACGUUCC